GAGCUUUUCAUUGGACAAAAGAAGUGGGAAAAAAUGUUACAUGCUAGCUCCUAGGAACCUUGCAAUUACGUGGGGUGAUACUCCUCCUUACUGGACGUGGAUCUCCAGACCCGAUUCCAGGUUUCCUGAGGUUGCGAAGCUUCUUGUUGUCUGUUGGUUCGAAAUCACUGGGAGGAUUGAUUGUUGCAAUCUCUCCCCAAUGACACGUUAUAAUGCCUUCCUAGUGUACAAACUGGUAGCCCGUGCUAUAGGAUUUCAGAAUAAACCCAUAGAAGCUACUGUUCGAAUUGGUGGAACUCAAGUUUCAAAGCGAAUUGUGUAUGUUAUAGAUAGUGGAGAUGUAGUACAAAAUGGUGAGCAGUACCCAAAAGUGAGGGGAGAUGGUUGGUUUGAGGUAGGGUUGGGUGAAUUCUUCAAUGGAGGAGAACUUGAAGAAUUGGAAAUAUAUAUUUUCUCGUUUGAUGGUCACUCUGUGGGCGGUCUAUAUGUUCAAGGCAUCGAUAUCAGGCCAUGUUAGUAGGACAUAACAAGGUUUUCUUGUUGUUUUCUUCUAUGUAUUUUAUUUUAUAUGAGAGAAAAUUAACGAUUGCAAUGCACUGGUUUUACAAAGAUGCCAGUUUUACUAGUGGAGUUAUUAACUGUGAUGCGAUUUAGUCUUCAGCAUAAAUGAAUUUCAUUUGU